UGAGCGCCACGGGCACAGUGAUCGCCGUGGACGUGGUGGACGCGGUGACGGGGAACAAGGCCUGGGCUCAUCCCUCCUCGGCGCGCCGCCGUCGCACGGCGCCACGCUCUCGUUGACCUGCCCGGCGAGCACGCCUCGACCGCAACGCCGCAGCACGCGCCGCAGUGAUUAGCACCCCGACGACCGCGGUCUCGAAGCAGCAUGACGGACGUGGCCGUCGCCGUGCCCAGCGCCCUGCGGGGGAAGAAGGCCACCAGGGUGUACGGCGUGCAGCGCGCCGUGCAGCCCCACGAGAUCGACAUCUUCCGGACCUGGCUCAAGCAGCAGCCGCACCUGCCGCACGACAUCCCAGAUGAGACGCUCGCCAUGUUCCUCCACUCGCAAAACCACUCGCUGGAGAUGUCCAAGCUCACCCUCGACCGGUCCUACAGCAUUCGCACGGCCGCGCCCGAAAUCUUCUUGGACAGGGACCCCUUCGCGCCGGAACUGCAAGAUGUUUUCAAAAUCGGGUAUUACUCCCCCUUGCCUGCGCGCUGCCCCGACGGUGUGGUGGCGUUCCUCUGUUCCAUUAAGGACAACGACCCCAACAAGUUCAACUUCGUCAACUGCAUCAAGGUGUCCCUCAUGGUGCUGGACCUGGUGCAGCUCCGCGACGGCCCCGUCCCGGGCUACCGUCUUAUCCUGGACAUGAAGGGCACCAACAUCGCCCACGUCGCCAAGAUCAACUUCGCCACCAUGAAGCGUGCGCUCGACUAUCAGCAGGAGGGGCUGCCCGUCAAACUCAAGUCCGUCCACGUGAUCAACGCCAUCCCUCUGCUGCACCAGAUCCUCGCUCUUGUCAAGCCCCUGCUCAAGCCGGAGACAAGGAACAUGCUGCACGUGCACACCGAGGCCCAGGUCCAGAAGUUCUACGAGUACGUCCCCAAGGAGCUCAUGCCCAAAGAGUACGGCGGCGAUGCCCCUUGCCAGGACGACCUGAACGACUUGGUCAAGACCGGCCUGGAGCAGAUGGCUCCGUGGUUCAGAGAAGAGGAGCGACUUCGCGUCACCGAGUCCCUCCGUCCCGCGCGGUCCCGCGGCUACCAGUCCGCGGAGUCGUUCGGCUGCAACGGAUCCUUCAAGAAGCUCAACCUCGACUAAGUGGCAGUCAAUAUUUUCAUCCAAAGAUGUCAUAAGAUAUUUCAACGGACGGAUAUAUGGGUUUGGAAAUAGGGCCAGUAUCGCUUUUUGGAAGUCUGUUUGCUCUCCAUGUGAAUAUAAUUUUAAUUAAUGAUAAGUUACUAUAUUUUGUAUAUUUUUGUUCAAAAAUAAUGGCAGUCUGAUUUUGCUUCAAUGAAGGAGAGUUCACUGUUUUUGAGCAUUUAUAGAGGGUUUUAUUAUUCGUUGUUGACAUAGAUCUUAAGUGCUCAAGAUUGAGUACAACAAAAACAACAAAAUACCAAACAAGGCACACACUUCAAGUUCAUUUUUCCAUCAAUCUGACAAUAUUUAGAUACAGCUAUGUCAUUUCCAAGAAUUUGCCUUGUGCUUUGGAAGGAAAUUGAAGCCCUCAGGAACUUUGCCAAGUAACAUUUCACUGUCAACAAAAUAGAAAAGUUAUGUAGCAAGUCCAGAGUAAAUUUUAUAUUCUCCCUUUUCCCAAUAAUGCAAAAAAUUCAUUACCUUAUUUGAAUCCAGUGAGCACAGUUAGGGCUAGCCAUUAAAGUUUCCAGCUCAUCUCUCCCUUUGAACACUGGAGGCCUAUCAUUGAUUUUCUGCGGUGGGCAUUCCAAAAUUCCAACAGGAAUAUACCGAUGAAGAAAUGAAAUCCACUCUAGAAGGAAGCGACGAGUACUUUCAACUCCCUGUAGACAGAAAAACACAUGAUUAGAGGCAAGUCCAAAUGAUUCAGAAACAGUACUGUGUAUUUUACUUGCAAACAAAGAUGGGAAUAAGUACCUUGGUAUCACUACCCCAGUGUUCCAGACCAUAGUUAACAUAUUUCUUCAUAAUAUCUAAUCUCUCCCUGCUUGAUAUAUCCCAUAAUCUCUGUUCCUUGAUCUCAGUGAAGAUCCAAGGUUUUAUCAAAGCCCCACGACCAAUCAUCACACCUGAUAUAUUUUUAUAAGUAUCCUGAGAGAAAAAUUAAAAAUUAACAUAGAGAA